CCUUCCUUUGCUCGUGGAGUAGCGCAAAACUAUCAGGAUUAUUGAAAUUUAUUGAUAAUUACAAAUAGUAAUUGAUCGAAAAUGGUGGUUGCUGCUAUAAAUAUGAUUCGACAACAUUUUGCAACAAUAAACCGACGCAGUCGGUCAUCACAUACAGUACUAUGGCUUAUGUUAUUAAUAACAUUGCUAGUUGAUUUCGCCUGUUCUUCAGCUUUAUGUGACUCCGGUCUAAAAUCAAUAGGAGGAACGGUACCAACUGGAAACAUCGUGAUAGAGUAUGGCAGUGGAGUUCCUUUAGAAAUCACGUGCAUUUUGCAAUCUGAUAAAAUAAUAGUGCACAACUUGUUUGGUCAUCGAACGGACAGUAGUAAUAUAACUAAAUUUCCAAGCCACAGGAUCAUGUUUUAUAAAAACGCUGAAAUUGUACCCAAACAAUAUGUGACCAUCGUCAACGCAACGGCGGCUCAACUUCACAUUCCAAAUCCCCCAGUUGGCCAAGAUACCUAUUAUUGUACAUUAUUACUUGAUUAUGAACGGUAUCAAAACGAAAGUUAUGGUUAUCCCAGCGAUGAUCACUCAUAUAAUAUGUCAUCUAAUGGUUCCUCUACGUUACCCACUGUACAAUAUGUAACUGCUGACUCGGACACAAAUGGAUCUCAUCCACUGGGAUCACACGUUGUCGUGUGUUUUAAUAGAGUCUAUGUUGGAUAUAAACCAGCCAUUGUAAGACAUUUUGCAUGUAUCUCUAACAAUUGGGUCAGUUUGAGGUGCAAUUGGAACACAUCAGAGAACCCAAUAAAAACUACUUAUACGUUAUUAUUCAGAUUACCUGAUCGUGCUGGUGGCAGAAUAUUCAUAAAUUGUCCAACGGAUUCAGAUAUCAAAGAAAAUACUUGCUAUUGGGAUUUCAAUACCACGCCCAUGUAUAGACAACUGUAUGAGUUUUACGAUUUCAGAUUAAAUGGCCAAAAUGUUUUAGGAAAUUCAUCUACAUUUUUUAACUUUCAUCAUUAUGCCCACAUUAUUCCCGCUAGCCCUAAAAAUAUAACCGUGAUUGAUAUAACAGAAUCGAGUGCUAUGUUGAGGUGGUCUGUGGGGACUAUGACAAACUUUUCACGGGGACUUAUUCAUAAGAUCGAAUACAAGUCACAAUGGGAUUCCAAUCCUAAACGUUGGCACACUAUAAAUACAAGUGACGUGCAGUGUGUGUCAUUGCCGUCCAAUCAAACAAAUUCAUUUAUGUAUUCUAUGAAUUGCCAAGAACGUGAUAAUAAUUAUUAUUAUAUAAAUGUUACUAAUCUAAUAUAUCCGUUUGCACAUUACGAUUUUCGUAUAUACGUACGUUCUUCGGUUGCUCGAGGGGAGGAUAAAUGGUCACCUCCUGGUUACAUAAAUCUGAAAACCAAACCUUCUAUACCAUCAAAGCCGCCACGAACUGAUAUUGGGAGCUUUGAGAGUCUUACGUUACGAAUCGAUAAAUCCAAAAGAAACGUGAUCAUUUAUUGGCAAAAAAUUGAUGAUAGCGAAAAAUGUGGAGAUUCAUUUGAGUAUCGUGCUUACUAUACGUCAACAACAGAACAAAACAAGACCACCAUUCACUAUAGCGAUGAAAUAUAUGAAAAUUAUGCUAAGUUUAAUGAACUUAGUACUUCGAUUAGUUACAACUUUACAGUGUAUUCAUCCAAUAAAGAAGGUUUGUCUAUAGAGUAUUCGACAAUAUACGUACCUAGUGAAUCACAAAGACUUGAAAAACCAUUAUUACUGACAAAAAUUGUAUUUGAUCAAAGAGGUGUUUUUGAACUAUCCUGGAAAAAUGUUGGUACUACGAAAUUGUCCACUGCCGAUGAAUUGAAUUACUAUACAUUAUUCUGGUGUGAAAAUGUUAAUCGUCAUCCGUAUCAGUGUAAUGGUUAUAUGAACUGGACGCAUGUUCCUAGUUCAGAAUUUCGCUCUAAUGUCACUAUAUUUAAUUAUAAAGAUAACAACUUUUAUCAAUUUGCAAUAAGUUCUAAUAGACGACGUUUACUAAGUAAUGGGACCAAUAAUUAUAAUAAAAUCUAUUGGAACAGUAGUGGAAUGGUUGAAAUGGUGUGGGAAUCUUGUACAAUACAAAAUAAUUUAAGUGCAAGAAAAGUUGAGAACGUUUGGGUUGAUUUGAUCAGCUCAACGUUUAUUGGGUUAAGAUGGAAUAUUGACUGUACCGACAGAAUAGGUUCAGUUGGCGAAUAUCAAAUAUUUUAUUGUGCUGUUGUUUCCACAAACAAUUACAUUUGCAAUGGAUCCAUGUUGUCAAAAACAAUGAGCAGAGAAGCUGCACAAAAAGACGGAGGUUUUAUAUUAUUAACGAACCUUGAGCCUUAUACUACGUACAUUGUUUCCAUAACAAUAAGUACAAAUUAUGGGAAAGGUAUACAUAGUGAUCCUUUAACCAUUACCACAUUAGGCUUAGGAGGAGAUUGGUAUUUAAAACAAGAAUAUCCCACAUAUAUAAAACAAAUAAUUAAACAUAAUUUUUAUUCCUAAUGCAUGAAUUGUGUAUAUUUCUUUCACAAUACAAAAUAUAAUGUUAUUUUAUAAUAUUUUUGAUCAUAAAACUAUUUGUAUAUCUAUACAGAUUGAUUCUAAUUAAUAAGAAUUAGAAUUUAAAUUACUCCUCUUAGUCCCAAGAUAUUUAGAGAUUUAGUACUUCAUCCAUGCACUAUUCUGUGAAAAAGUAUUGAAGACAUUGUAUAUCUUGUGUAAUUUAAUGAAGUAUGUACUCAUAACGGCACUCUUAUAGUUAACACUCUCUUUAUAUUACUUAGAAUUUAAGUUA